AUCACAGACCUCAUCUUGCCCGAGGAAAGAGGGAGGUUCUCAAUCACAACGUAGUGCCUUUUCGUCCAGUUUAUGUCCACUUCUUGUCCGCAAAUACGCAACUACGCAAAUACACAAACGGUAGUCGUCGUCACUACUUUUGUUCAACAACAUCGAAUCACAACCCUAGAGAGUCACCAGGUGUUAGCAUCAUGAUGGUUCCUCCGCAUAACGCCCACGAAGAUAGAUCAGCUAUUAGGCAGGCUCUAGCCAUAUUGGAGCAAGAGGGAGUGCGUCUCGAUACCAGCGAACUUGGAUACGAAUUGGAUUCGUUCGUGAUGGAUGAUGAGAUUCAAUCUCGCCAGAGACAAAAACAGCGAUCACGAUCCAAAUCACCAUCACGAACUCGUAACCUAAAGAACAAAAAGUCUCUCCGGGAGCCGACACCACAAUCAAGAUACGUAGAGGAUGGUUCUGUAUCGUCCACGUCAUACAGCAGUAGUUCUACAUCAUCUAGCUCUGCGAGCUCAAAUAGAGAAGUCGGUGGAAAGGCAAAAAGAAGUCGAAGCAAAGUUCGAAGCAGAAGGACUUCACCAAAACGACCAGAAUUGAGAGAAACACCCGAAGAAACGGGGGAAAAAUCGGUUCGGUUCUCAAAUUACGAUCACACAAUAAACGUUCCACAUAUCCUUGAUUUUACUCCAGAAGAAAUCCAAAGGUGUUGGAUGGAUGAAGAAGACUACCGUUCGAUUCGAACGCGGUCCUUGGCUCUUAUUGAGAUGAUGGAAGAUGAGAAAAAGUAUCCUAUCUCUGCCGAUUACAUGAUUGUAAACAAACAUCUUGUCUGUGUAAGAGGUUUGGGAGAGAAGACAACACAAUGCACUCGCGAGCUUGAACGAGUGCAGCGAAAGCUUUACAAGUCUGUUUUCCGGGUUCAAGAAGAACUCAGAGAAGAGGGCAUAAUCGACGACGAAGCAAUCCGAAAAGCUAGUAGGAAAUAUUCCAAGAAAUCCAUCAAGACAGCUAGAUUCGUAGGGAUUUCUGACGAAGUGAAUGUUGCUAGCAAGUUUGGCUAAGCGGUCACCACAUAUCGAAUAACAAUAUCAUAGAAUAGACAUAGACACUUAAU